GUCUUGACUUUCCGGUUUUCACUUUCCUGUUCAUCUAUUUCCUGAAAAGAGUUUUUUAUAUGUUUGUUUGUUUAUUUUAUUAUUAAUGACCAUAUCUAUAUCUUCAUUUUCUUCCCUCUUUUCAAUAUCGAAGAAAAUACAAAUUAAAACAAAAUUUUGGAUCAAAUUUCUAGGGUUUGAUUUCACCGUUCUCUACAACAAUUCAUUUCCAUCACUGUUCCUUCUUUUUUGGUCACAACUGUCCCGGGGUCACUGCAAUGCACCGAGUGGGCAGUGCAGGGAACAAUACCAAUUCUAACCGCCCACGGAAAGAGAAAAGGUUGACAUAUGUACUGAAUGAUACCGCCGACACAAAGCAUUGUGCAGGCAUAAAUUGUUUGGCUGUGCUAAAGUCAUCAGCCUCGGAUGGGUGCGACUAUCUUUUCACUGGUAGCCGUGAUGGCACACUUAAGAGAUGGGCACUUGGUGAAAAUGCUGCCACAUGCUCUGCUACAUUUGAGUCUCAUGUUGAUUGGGUAAAUGAUACUGUUAUUGCUGGUGAUAGUACACUUGUUUCAUGCUCAUCAGACACUACAUUGAAGACGUGGAAUUGCUUGUCUGAAGGAACUUGCACCAGGACUUUCCGUCAACACUCUGACUAUGUUACAUGUCUAGCCGCAGCUGAAAAAAAUACCAAUGUGGUUGCCUCUGGGGGUCUUGGAGGGGAGGUUUUUGUGUGGGAUAUUGAAGCUGCAGCAACUCCAGUCUCUAAAUCCAGUGAUGUAGUGGAAGAUGAUUGUUCCAACAGUAUGAAUGGUUCGGCAAAUUUGUUACCGAUAUCAAGUCCGAGAACAAUUAGCUCAAGUAACAGCAUUAGGACGCACGCAACUCAGUGUCAUGGAUAUGUCCCCAUUGCUGUCAAAGGUCACAAAGAAUCGGUCUAUGCAUUGGCAAUGAAUGGUAGUGGCUCCCUUCUUGUCUCUGGUGGAACUGAGAAGGUUGUGCGAGUUUGGGAUCCAAGAACUGGUUCAAAGAAUAUGAAACUAAGAGGGCAUGCAGAUAACAUUAGGGCUUUGCUUCUGGAUUCUACUGGCAGAUAUUGUUUGUCAGGGUCCUCGGAUUCUAUGAUCAGGCUGUGGGACCUUGGUCAACAACGCUGUGUGCAUUCAUAUGCUGUGCACACAGAUUCUGUUUGGGCACUUGCAAGCACCCCAACAUUUAGUCAUGUUUAUAGUGGUGGUAGAGAUCUUUCUUUAUAUCUGACAGACUUGACAACAAGAGAGAGUCUUUUGCUUUGCACCAAGGAACAACCAAUUUUGCAGUUGGCAUUGCAUGAUGAUAGUAUAUGGGUUGCAACUACAGAUUCUUCAGUUUGUAGGUGGCCUGCUGAGGGACGGACUCCUCAGAAUGUCUUCCAAAGAGGUGGUUCAUUUUUGGCUGGAAACUUGUCUUUUUCGAGGGCAAGAGUUUCAUUAGAAGGGUCUACCCCAGCCCCUGUUUAUAAAGAACCAAUCUUUACCAUUCCUGGAACUCCAGCAAUUGUUCAGCAUGAAAUUUUAAAUAACAGAAGGCAUGUAUUGACAAAGGAUGCUGCUGGUUCAGUAAAGCUCUGGGAGAUAACCAGGGGUGUUGUGAUUGAGGAUUAUGGACAGGUUUCAUUUGACAAGAAAAAGGAACAGCUUUUUGAGAUGGUAAGCAUUCCUGCAUGGUUCACUGCGGAUACCCGGCUUGGAUGCUUGUCUGUUCAUUUAGACACGCCCCAGUGCUUUACUGCAGAGAUGUAUUCUGUAGAUCUGAACAUAACUGGCAAGCCUGAGGAUGAUAAGGUUAAUCUAGCUCGUGAAACCCUUAAAGGUCUUUUGGUUCAUUGGUUGGCCAAAAGAAGGCAAAGACAUGGCACCCAGGCUUCUGCUAAUGGAGAUGUUGUAUCAGGAAAAGAUAUGACUGCCAGAAGUUCUGCUCAUUCAAGGAUUGAGGUAGAUGGAAAUGCUGAAAAUGACUCAUUGGUCUAUCCUCCUUUCGAGUUUUCUACUGUUUCCCCUCCCUCAAUUAUUACCGAGGGUUCCCAAGGAGGUCCUUGGAGAAAGAAAAUUACUGAAUUGGAUGCAACCGAGGAUGAGAAGGACUUCCCUUUGUGGGUUUUGGAUUGUGUAUUAAAUAAUCGGCUACCACCUAGAGAAAAAACCAAGUGCAGCUUCUAUCUUCAUCCAUGUGAAGGUUCAGCUGUUCGGAUACUGACACAAGGAAAGUUAAGUGCUCCUCGCAUAUUGAGAAUGCAUAAGGUUGUUAAUUAUGUCAUAGAAAAGCUGGUGCUUGACAAACCAAUUGAUAGUUUAAAUAUCGAUGGGACAUAUGCUGCUGGACUUGGAGGACAACCGCAACAUUCAGCAGGUGGAGAGGGAUCUCUUCGGUCUGGAUUGAAGCCUUGGCAAAAGCUUCGGCCUUCUAUUGAGAUUUUAUGCAAUAAUCAGGUACUGUCUCCGGAGAUGAGCUUAGCCACUGUGCGGGCUUACAUAUGGAAGAGACCUGAGGAUUUGGUACUUAAUUAUAGAAUGAUUCAAGGCAAGUGAUUAUUGUUGACUUCUGGGGCCAGGUUGGUCUUCCAAUGAAAAUCUCAUGCUUUUUGCCAAGUGUUAGGACAUAUUUUUCUGAGGUUGCCUAUCAUGAUCAGAAGUGUCUGUGGAUGUGGAUCCUUGUGUAUUUGGAAAGACGUCUGGUUUUCAAACCGGGGGCAUUCUCUACUCUGUUGAGAGGAUGGUGGUUAAUGUUAGACGUGCAUGCAUUAGCCAUACAUCAGAUAAAAGCUGUAGGACGGACAUGCAAGUGGCGGAGCAGUUUGCAACUCCGAGUGACAAUCAGCCAGAAGAACACCGGGUACUUUCUUGGACAAAAAGAAAAGGUAUAUGAUGUCGAAAGCUCUGUAUAUUUAAAUUGUGGGGGUACAGGACAUAGUCAUAGAACUGUUGUCAUAAAGUUGAAUAUUUUUGUUUAUUAUUUCCUGGAAAUAAAACAAUCAAUUUUGCAUUGAAAA